CCAUCAGUCGUACUAGUAUAUAAACUGGGACAUCAGCCAUCAUCUCUUCACUCACCCAACAGCAUUGAAAUCUCAACGUUCAACAGGAGCUCUCACGAGGAUGUCUCGUGUGCUAUUCUUUAUCAAUCACUGCCUAUUCCUCGCCGUUGUUUUAACAUGGCAGCCAUCCGUUGCUGCAGAAGCUGACUACUUCAACGUUAUUGAAAAGCUUCACGUUAAUCUCCUACGCUCUUACAACAAUCAAAUCCGGCCCGUGAUAAAUCACACGGAUGCGCUUAAUGUCGAACUUUCAAUGAGACUUACCAGCUUUAAUUUCGAUGAAUUGCAAUCCCGCUUCUCCGCCAUCGGAUUUUUUUUAAUGAGUUGGAAAGAUCCUCGUUUCAUGUGGUCUCCUGCGGAAUAUGAAGGACUAACGACCAUCCACUUGCCCAAUGAGAAAAUAUGGAAGCCUGAUUUUGAGGUUUACAAUUCCUAUGGAUUACUAUCCAAAGAGCGUUCUUUUGCACCGAAUGAUGUUCUAAUAAGUAACGACGGUACCGUUAUUUGGGUUCCCAUAAGCAAUAUGGUUUCCAUCUGCCCCCCUGAUGCCACUUAUUAUCCGUUCGAUAGCGUCACAUGUACAACGAAAAUUGGCUCGUGGACGCACAAUGCGCUUAAAAUCAACAUUAGUCCAACGAAUAAUUCGACAACGGUGGAUAUCAGCGAACUGAUAAACAAAAGAAUGUCCGAAUGGAAUAUUAAGUCCACGCAAGUUAGUGUUGAGGUUAAAAAAUACGACUGCUGCACCGAACCCUACCAAUCGUUGGUCAUGAAGUUUACCAUUCAAAGGUCUCUAUCGACGACCAUCACUAUACCUACCAUAGUCAUCAUGGUUCUAAUCUUGGCAACUUUCAUCAUUCCGCCGGCGAUGGAUGCAAAACUGAUUGUGGGAGUUUUCAAUUUGACCCUAUUGUGUGGUUACCUGUUGUACUUUAAAACGGUACUUCCGGCUGGAAAUGAAAAUACGCCAUUGAUUGUUUCCUUUUAUAAUGGGUCUUUGGUCGUGGUGAUAUCUUCCAUCCUAUCCACCAUUCUAUCUCUACGCUGGACACGGCUUUCGAAAUCAGUAUCGCCACCGACUUUCAUCCGAAGCUGUUUAUCAGGCCGUAUUGGGACUAUCCUUGGGGUUUCACAUAAGUACACCAGCAAUAACCUUUUAGUAGCGAAGGAGCUCACUGAGAAAGUAUCGCAACAAUUUGUUCACGAUGACGGCGAAUCUCAAGAAAUUGAGAUUAAACAAGCUUGGACCAACAUUAGCGUAGCUUUGGAACGUAUCAUGUUGUUCAUUUACUUCUCUUUUAUUGCCUUCCACGUUAUAAGUUUCCUAGGUUGAGUUACGAGAAUCAUAAUUCAAGAGACCAAUACCUACUAACUUUGCUACAUGUAAGCCUUCUGCUUUGUUGAAUGUUUUCAUUAAUGAUGGAUUGCUCUAUAUUUCGGCUAUGUAGUGAUUUUAGAUUACUAUUGCUUCAUGGUAAGUGCACAGACAUUUGUGAAGUGAAAUUUUUACAAGCGUUAUUUCUUCUUGACAAUAAAAUUGCGCACUGGUAAUGAAUCGGUGGUCGUGAAUUCGAACAAA